GAAAUUCAGAUAUUGGGAGUUUAAACCCACCAGAGCAAACGGUGUUCAGAAUUUGUGGGGAACACUUCUCUAGUUCUGAACGUGAUAGGGAGAUGUUUAAUGCAAACAUGAAAAACGACACCUUUUGAUUAUGCUUAAUUCAUAUAAAUGGGAUAUAUAUAGAACCUUGUGCUCUAAGACUAUCAUCUGUUUGGCCUCAGUAAAGAGCUGCUGGAAAUAUGUAGAUCAGACAGGCCCAGGAAAGCAUUGGUAUAUCCACGGGAAUACAGAUGUGGAUGAGUAUGUGAGAAAUGCAGCAUUCCCAUGUUUUUGCACAGUCUGCUUCCUGGUUAUCUUUUGUUUCCACAUACGCAACAUUCCUGAAGAUUUCCAAAUACUAACAUAAUGGUGUAAAAUGUCACACUACUGUACAGCAUUCAGAAUGUUGUUUUUUGUUCUCCCUCAAGGGGGCAAGGUGCUAGAAAGCAGACACUGACUGAGGCAAAAUAACUGCCACAAAGAGCAGACACACAAGUAAAUCAUGCUGUUGGCUCAAAUUAACAGAGACUCUCAGGGAAUGGCGGAGUUCCAGGGAAUUGGGGGAGACGCUCAGCACGUCACUCUCUGCCUGGCAGAGACCUUAGCAGUAGCAGAUGGUGAUCAGCUGGAAAACAUGGAUGCUGUGAGUUUACAAGCUGUGACACUAGCAGAUGGCUCCACUGCUUAUAUACAGCACAACCCAAAAGUAUCUUUUUCAGAUGGCAAGUUAAUGGAAGGGCAAGUUAUUCAGUUGGAAGAUGGAUCUGCAGCGUAUGUCCAACAUGUACCAGUACCUGUGCCAAAGACAGGAGGGGACAGCCUGAGGUUUGAAGAUGGUCAGGCUAUACAGUUAGAAGAUGGAACAACAGCAUACAUUCAUCAUGCCCCAAAAGAAAAUUAUGAGCAGAGUGCAUUGCAGGCAGUCCAGUUAGAAGACGGCACAACUGCAUACAUUCAUCACGCAGUCCAGCUUCCACAAUCAGACACCAUACUGGCAAUCCAGGCUGAUGGAACUGUGUCAGAUAUUCACACAGAUGGCACCAUAGACCCAGAGACCAUAAGUGUACUAGAACAGUACACAACAAAGGUACCAGUGGAAGUGACUGACUGCGUUACCAGCACUGGAGUGAUGAACCAAAAUGAGCAGGAGAACAACAUACAGAUGCAGAUUGUUCUUCAGGGCCAUGGAGCUAAUCGGAUUGCAACAAAAUCUCAGCACCCCAGUGAAAAGGCUUUCCGCUGUGAAUACGAGGGCUGCGGGAAACUCUAUACAACAGCACAUCAUCUAAAGGUACAUGAAAGAUCCCACACUGGUGAUAGACCGUAUCAGUGUGAGCACAUUGGGUGUGGAAAAGCAUUUGCAACAGGUUAUGGCUUAAAAAGCCAUAUCAGAACACACACAGGAGAAAAGCCAUACCGCUGUCAGGAAAUGAACUGCAAUAAAUCAUUCAAGACUUCAGGAGACCUGCAGAAACACAUCCGAACUCAUACUGGUGAAAGACCAUUCAAGUGUCCUUUUGAAGGCUGCGGCAGGUCUUUCACAACGUCAAAUAUCCGCAAGGUUCACAUCAGAACUCACACAGGAGAGAGGCCCUAUUACUGCUCAGAGCCAGGCUGUGGCCGGGCCUUUGCCAGCGCAACCAACUACAAAAACCACAUGAGGAUACAUACAGGGGAGAAGCCUUACGUAUGUACAGUACCUGGUUGUGAUAAGCGCUUUACAGAGUACUCCAGCUUAUACAAGCACCAUGUGGUUCAUACCCCUUCCAAACCGUAUAACUGUAAUCAUUGUGGGAAGACCUACAAGCAGAUUUCCACGCUGGCUAUGCACAAGCGCACUGCACACAAUGACACAGAGCCCAUUGAGGAGGAACAGGAGGCUUACUUCGAGCCACAGGCAGAUCCCAUUGAAGAUGUGAUAAAGUCACAGGUUUCAUACGUACAAGGGGUUGAAAUGGAAGACACAAGGACAGCACAGGUUGGAACAGAAAACCCAUCUGGAAUGGAUCAACACGUAGCACUUAUUACACAAGAUGGGACCCAACAGGUCAGUAUAUCCCAAGCUGACAUGCAGGCUAUGGGGAACACUAUCACUAUGGUAACACAAGAUGGCACUACAAUCACUGUCCCAGCACACGAUGCAGUCUUCUCUUCAGCAGGCACGCAUUCUGUCACCAUGGUAACAGCAGAUGGCACCGAAGGACAAGUUGCCAUUGUGACACCAGACUUAGCCACAUUCCAUACAACCCAAACCGAUAUGACCCAGGAACAGCGUGAACACCACCCUGUCACAUUACUGGCAACAUCCAACGGUACCCAGAUAGCAGUUCAGCUAAGUGAACAACCGUCACUAGAAGAAGCCAUCAGAAUAGCAUCAAGAAUACAGCAAGGAGAAACGACAGGACUUGAUUGAUGGACAAAAAACGCAUUGCAAAGCAAUGCAGUGAAAUAAAACAUUUCAUCACAGACAUACAAGAACAAUACAGCAAAAAGAAAAUGCAAGCUAGGAUUUUCCAAAUAGCUUGCCAACAUCUUACACACAACAAACCAAUUGCAGUUAUUCUUGUAGAUUUUGUGUACAUAUGCAUUUGAAUAUGGAAUAAAUGAUGUAUUUUCCUGUAGAGCUAAAAUGUUCGCCUCCUUAAAAAGUAUAUCAAAGUAAUAGGGGGAAGAAACUGCACAGAAGUAAUAAUAAAUACAUUUUGCAUGCAGUUAAGCACAUUUCAGGACUGGGACAGAUUUAGACCUAUAGGUUAACAGUUUUUUUUAGACUUUGAUACAAUUUUCUUUGUUUGUUUUCUUUUGGUGAUUAUUGAUUAACUCUGUAAAUACGAGCUGUUAAUGCUGCAAAUGCUCCUUAUAUUUUACCUUUGAUUAUGUAUAAAUAAUGGACAAGCCUUGUUUGUGCAAUAUUAAAGCAGUACAAUCUA